AAAGGACGGAAGGGCUCUGAACGCAGACUCAUCCUGAGAAGAUGGCGCUGGCGAAUGUGCUGCGCGGUGAAUCGGCUUUUUUUUCCAACAAUGCCCGGUCUUUCGGCCUCGCCGAGUCGCUGGCCGGAGCGGCUUCGGGUGAGGGGCUCAGCUUUGCGGUCAGGGAUCCACUCUGCCCCGAGGCGGGGGUCGGGCCUGAGGAGAAGAUUGAGUUUCUUCACGGGACAACGACUCUGGCGUUCAAGUUCCAGCAUGGCGUGAUCGUGGCGGUGGAUUCCCGUGCCACGGCGGGCGCCUACAUCGCGUCCCAGACGGUGAAGAAGGUGAUCGAGAUCAACCCGUACCUGCUGGGCACGAUGGCCGGGGGUGCGGCGGACUGCAGCUUCUGGGAGCGGCUUCUGGCCCGCCAGUGCCGCGUCUAUGAGCUGCGCAACAAGGAACGCAUCUCCGUGGCAGCGGCCUCCAAGCUGCUCGCCAACAUGGUGUACCAGUACAAGGGCAUGGGCCUGUCCAUGGGGACCAUGGUGUGCGGCUGGGACAAGAGAGGCCCUGGUCUGUACUAUGUGGAUUCGGAGGGGAACCGCGUGUGUGGAGACUGCUUCUCUGUGGGCUCGGGUUCGAUGUAUGCAUACGGGGUGCUGGACAGCGGCCGCAGGGAGGAUUUGAGCGUGGAGGAGGCCUGCGACCUCGCCAGGCGUGCCAUUUACCAGGCCACUUACCGGGAUGCCUACUCCGGGGGUCAGGUGAACCUGUACCAUGUGAGGGAGGAGGGCUGGGUGAGAGUGUCCCAGGACGACGUGCUGAAACUGCACGAGCAGUACAGGCAGGAGGAGAAAUAGAGGAGCCAACACAACAAACGCAGGAGGAGAGAGAGAGAUAAUACAACACACACACACACAGUACUGACAGGAGGAGAAAUAGAGGAGCCAACACAACACACACAGCAGGAGAGAUACAGGCAUAAGACUUGCUGUGUUUAUGUCCACUAUCCCACAAUCCCAUUGGGUAAAAGCUGAUUUUUCCACGCCUCCACUAUCCCACAAUCCACCGCAGCGUGGAGACCCUGCAGUCCUGUCUCGGCGCUUGCUGUCUGUGGUUUCAAAACAUCCCCUUUUUUUGUUCGCCUGAGGGCCUUUUUUGCACUUCUCCCCUGAUCAUCGAGCAAAGAGCUGGCCCCCUCUGGUCCUAUUCCCGCUCCCCCCUUUAAGACUUCCUCUUCAGCUGCCUCCCUCAUAGUCGCGCAGUCUGACUCUGCCUACCUCGACGGCUUGAUCCUGGUGAAAUAAAUAUGUUUUUUGAAAGAUGUCUGUUUCUCCCUUGCAGCUGUUCAAUUGAACUGUUUCCUAAGGAUGUACAAACACUACACUCUCUCUCUCUUGUGUCUUCUCUCACUUUCUCUGUGUCUCUCUCACUGUCUCAGCAGUAGAGCAUUUUCAGAUCUGUUACUUAAAUAGCUUUCUUCAGUGAUUUUUUUUUUUAAAGGAGAGCUAAACCAGCACUUAAUCUCGCCUCUUGGCGAUGGUGCUAAAGUGAGUAAGAGUUUUGUUUUGAAGAUGGGCAGGCUGUCCCUUACACGCUGUUUGGUUACUUUGAUCCUUUUUCAUUUUCUGUCCAAGUUUUGUGAACCCCUCAGAAAAAGGGGAAUAGUCUAAUACCAAUAAAGUUUUGGACUUU